AUGAGUAAGGCGUCCUACCAGGCGCCAGACGCCUGCAGGGACACCCGCGCGGCAAAGGGCGCCAUCACCUCGUUCUUCUCCCCAAAGGCGGCCGGGGCGGCCGGCAAGGGCAAGGGCAAGGGCGCGCCAGCAACAUCGGCAGCAGCAGCCGCGGCUGCGGAGCGCAGGGGUUUGUCUGCGCCUGCGGCCGCGCCUGCGGGGGGCGUAAGCAGGGAGGGGGAGGGGCCGGCGAACGGGGCGCUUGGGACGGCGGCCGGUGGGGCCAGCGAGGGCGCGGAUGCGCCGGCGGCGGCAACGGCGGAGGAGGGUGGGGGUGCGGCCGCCGCGACGGCGGCGGCGGCGGCGACGGCGGCGGCCGCCCCUGCCGUCUCGGGAAAGGGGGACCGGGCAGGCGGCGGCGGCGGCGGCGGCGCUACGGUCCGUGGGGCCAGCGCAGCCGUGUCGCCUGCCAAGGGCAGCGGCGGCAGCAAGGGCGGUGGCGGCGGCAGCAAGGGCGGCGCGUCGCCGGCCAAGGCGGCGUUUGAGCGGCUUUUUGCGAAGCAGCAGCAGCAGCAGCAGCAGCAGGAGCAGCAGCAGCAGCAGCAGCAGCAGCAGCAGGAGCAGUGGGGGCAGUCUGGGCCGGCUGCAGGUGCCGGCGAGGCAGAGGUGAAGCAUGAGAGCAAGCAGGAGGAGCAGCAGGGGCUGCAUCCAGGGGCAGCUGGGGAGGCGGCUGACGCGGCGGAGGCGGCGGUCAAACAUGAGUUGACCGAAUCUGCUGCUGAGGCCCGCAACACGGACGCCAACCCCGGCCCCAGCCCUGCGCAGGAGGUGGCCGCGGUGAAAGAGCAGGCCGGCGAUGGGGACGGCGGCGGGGGCGGCGACUUGGACGGCGGCAGGGGCGGCAAGCGGGGGCAGGGCGGAGGAAGUAGCGAUGUUGGGGCGGCUUCAAAGCGCGCCAAGCCUGCUUGA